GUGCAUGCAGAAGUCGUGAACUGCAGUGGUUUGAGCAGCUGAGAUGCAUGGGAUGGAAAAAUGUAUCUCCUGAUCUUGUCCUAACUCCAUCCAACCCAAGCCCUGGAACUCCGUCAAAUAGAAAAAAAUACCAGAAACACGAUCCACCCGAAGGAGGAUUAUGGCAUCUUACGUUUUCCGUUGCAUUGUUUUGCAACUGCUGCUGCUGAUUUUGGUUGCUGCUGCUGCAGAUCAUUCAGACGAUGGUGUCAAUCACAAUUCUUCCUACGCUAGUGCAACAACAGCUGCGGACACCGGCGGGCGAGACCUGGCCGUUGCGACGGAAGAGAUGAGGAGAGCCAACUACUUCACUUUCGUGAUGCUGCUGAACAUGAUGAUGGCCGAUCAACAGGACGCCGCCGGCAACCUCACCUUCCUCAUGCCCAACGACCGCAUCUUGUCGAGGAUCACAUUCAAGACCCAACAACAAGAAGCAGAAACACAAGUCGACGACGACGAGCAGUCAUCAUCAUCAUGGUCUGUUAGGGAAUUCAUGCUUCGUCAUUCCAUCCCCUCCCCGUUGCUGUUCGACCAUCUCUGGCACUUCCCGUCGGGUUCCACCAUCCCGAGUUCCAGCCCGGGGUACGUGCUUCACGUCCGCAACGACAACGACGUUAGCAGCAAAUGGUGGCGGAGGAGGAGGAGCAACGGCGGAGGAAGGGGGAACUACAACUUCUCCCUCAACGACGUCAAGAUCAUCAGCCCCAAUAUAUGUACCUCUCCGGCCUCCUCCAUAAGAUGUCACGGGAUCGACGGCGUGCUUCCCCUCCGGCCGAUUUCCACUCCUACUUGUGGGCCGAAGUCCGCUGGUCCACCUGACGUCGGCGGCGAUGAUGUUGGGGUUGCCAUUAGUCCGGCACCCUCUACCACCCACGUCGACCCCAUACAACCUUCGCCUUCCUCUCCCCACAAGAGAUCAUCGUCGUCGUCUUUCUCGUCCUCACCUGCUGGGCUUUCUUCUCAACUGCUCCUCCUCUUACUCUUAUUCGUGUUGGUAUCAUGUUGGGCCUAGUAUCCCUCCAGGCUCAGACGGAAAUAUCACUGUAGUAAUUCAUUUAUGGUCCACUGCUUUCUUACUGUCUUUUCCUUUCACCAGAAAAGAAAAUAAAGACCCUGAUUUGUUAUUAAAUUGCGCUAAUGCAAUAUAAUGAAAAACUUUAUCAACAUUGACAGGAAAGAGGAGAAUGUAGAUUUCUGCAAAUGCGAUUCUGAAAGAUGCAGAUGGUGUUGGGUGAGUGAGCAUGAACAUAAGCAUUCGUGUUCAUGUAAAGCUAUCCAUCCAUGUUUCUUCCUUUCCAAUGUCCCAAAACAACAUCCAGCAUCAGUAAAAUUACAUUUUCCCCUGUAAACGCGAUUCACUUUCAAGCCGAUAACGAUCACCUUCCAGCUUCUCUCCUUUCUCAAACUCCAGCAUAUCCCGGCAAGUAUCAUGCUACAUGGAUGGAUGCAAUAUCAAGCUAUUCAGCCAGCUUAACAAAAUAUGAAGAUCGCCAAACCAAUAAUCAUGGGUCAAUCCU